AUAUCUUGAUAGAUUGUAUGUUACAACUGAAAUGGAUACUUCAAUGGAGAAUGAGCAACAUGUAUAUCCUGAUAGACUGCAUAUUACAACUGAAGGGAAUGAUUCAAUGAAGAAUGAGCAAAAUGGAUAUCUUGAUAGAUUGUAUGUUACAACUGAAGGUAAUGAUUCAAUGGAGAAUAAGCAACAAGGAUAUCCUGAUAGACUGCACAAAUCAAUAGAAAGUAAACCCAAUUCUCCUCAAUUGAACAUGAACCUUAAUAAUUCUUUCAUUCUAAAUAAUCAGACUAGUAUCAUUACAACACUGCACUUUCAGGAUGUUACAUUUGUUGAUGAUGCUGGGACAACUUCAGAAAAUAAUUUCAGCACUUCAGAAAAUGAUGAUAUGAUAACUUCAGAAAUGAGCAUUGCUUCAUUUGAUGACAGUAUAGCAGCUACAACAUUGAAACUUCAUGAUGUUACAGAUUCACAUGUAGGUGUUACACUUUCACAUUAUGGUGCUACAUCAGACACUGGAAAAAAUGUAACUGAUAUUCAAAUUCAUGGCGCAAUUAAUGUAACAAGUCCCCCAAAUAUUAAUGAAUCUAGCUCAGUUCUAUUGUCUGCACAUGGAAACUGUUCUAUCAAAUUUAAAGGGAUUGAUUUACAACUACAACUGAGCUAUGCAUAUUUCUGCACAGAAACAUUUUCAACAGUUUAUAUUUAUCCUGCUGUUAGUAUUCUUGGUUUGAUCAUAGUUAGUGGGUUAAUAGGAAAUUCUUUGAUCCUUAUUUCAACAGGCCUUGAUCGCAACUGCAGAAAACCAAAACUGUUUUCCCUGAUAAGCAUCUCAGUAGCAGACUUUUAUAUCUCUGUUAUUCACACAACUUUUGCUCUGGUAUUGGUUCUUACGUCAUCAGAGUUCAACCAGCAAGUAACCCAAUCUCUUAUUUAUCGGAUCGACUUCUCAUUGUCUCAAAUGUUUUUCUCUGUUAUUUGUCUUAGUCAUAUUAUAUUCAGCAUCUCCCAUUGUUGCAACAUUACCAUAAAACGUAAGCGCUAUGAAAAGAUUUUUCAAUCGUCAACAAUAUCCGCUGUGACAUGCUGUAUGUGUUUCUUCUUCAGUGUGCUUAGCAUCGCAGGGGAAUUCUACAAGCCAUUCAGUUUUCUCCAAGAUAUCAUCAUCAUCAUCUUUUAUUUGCUACUUCAGAUUAUCAUUGUAAUAUGUGUGCUGAGGGUAUAUUUCUAUGUUAAAAAUCUUGGUGACAAUUUGAGGCAAAUUUCUAAUACAUCAACACAAUCUUCAGAUUCAAUAAGGAAAAAAAUUUCAUCUGAUACGAUAAAUAACAUGGUAAUAUCAAUCAUGCUUUUCGCUCUUACUACAACUCCUCUUGUAAUCAUGGUAGCCGCAGAUAUCCAAUCACAUGACCUCAGGCUCAUCUUUCAUUUAUUAGGUAUCUUAAAAUCUGCAUUGUGGCCAGUUAUUUUCACAUCAAGACUGCCAAUGUUUAAUUUUGCAAUACGAGCCAUUUUGACAUUAAGACUGCCUAGUGUAAAACGAAAUACUUUGGCAAAAAAGCAUAGAAUAGAAAAGCUAAAGCAUUAUUAUGCAGAGAUACUGUGUUUCCCACAGUUACAUAUGAAACAAUUAAUGAAGGGUCCAAAACCUGGUGAAACUAAGGUAAUUUGGAAAAAACAAAAUGAAGCCUCAUUCGGCAGAUCAAUUGAGGCAGAAAGCUCUGGAUAUCAACCUGUAAUGGUGAACAGAAUGAAUGUUAGACGUGGAAUUGAUAUGUUCAAUGAUAUUGAAAUAGACAGUGGUAUUUAUAAGAAUAAUUUCAAUAUCGUACAUAAUGGUACAGAUUCAACCACUGGAACUACUGAUGUGAAGAGUGGUGUUGGAGCAAACAAUUGUAUUAAUGUUCAACAUCUUGUUGAUGUGCACAAUGGUAUUGAUAAUAACCAAAUUGGUAAUGAUGUUGAUAAUCGUAUCACUACGCACAAUGGGGAAAAUAUUUCACACAAAAAUAGGGAAACUGUUUCACACAAGAAUGGGGACACUGUUUCACAUGAGCGUGUAGAGACUUUUUCACCCAAGAAUGGGGAAACUGUUUCACACAAGAAUGGGAAAACUGUUUCACAUGAGCGUGUGGAGACUUUUUCACAUGAGAAUGGGGAAACUGUUUCACACAAGAAUGGGGAAAUUGUUUCACACAAGAAUGGAGAAACUGUUCCACAUGAGAGUGGGGAAAUUGAUGUUGAAAUAAAAACAGGAGAUAUUCAAAUAGAUUGUGGAAAUAAUGUAACAGAAGUAAAUUCUAUAAUGACUAUAACAAGAUUGUAAUUGUGUAGUGAAGACAAUGAGGAUGUGUUGUUGCCAAUUCAAAUAUACUGCUGGAAAUACCUAAAUAAUAUUGUUUUACUUUUUUUUACAGAUGAAAGAAUCAACUUUUUUCAGAGACAUCUCCUAAUGAGGUGAAUAAAAUGUUUCAGAACUUUAUUAUUUAUUAUCAUGAAUGUACAGAUUGGUAACAAUUGCUUGAUAAUACAUUGAAAAAAUAUAUCUCUAUGAAUCAUAAUGUUUGUUACACUUCAUCACCCUUGCCUAAUGCAGGGAUUGUCUAAAAAUGAUUUUUAAAAAAUGUCAGCUCAUUUUUUCACAAAUGAG